AUUACGGUUAUCGCAUUUCCAAUAACAGGGCGCCGAUUACGGAACAGUCUAUUAUGAACUCUUUGCAAGGAAAGAUAUACCAUAGAAUAAAACAAAAUCAUACUAGAGAAACCCCUUUUACUUUUAAUACUAGUUGACAAAUCGGAUCAGAGAAGUAGGGGAUUGGGGGCUUGAAUGUGUACGUGAGAUAUUUGAUAUACGGCACACGUUUGCCUACAUGCAUUGUUUUUUCCGCCUGAGGUCUUAUCCCAGACUAUUCUACACAAAGACACCCUACAUCACCUACAUCACCUACAUCAGAAGUACGAAUCGGGCAUUUGCUACCAGAAACCGAGGGUUUCAUUCAACAACUAUGUCGGCACAACUCCCGCCUAAGCUUAAGCCUGCCGCUCGCGUUGCAGGCCAAAGACAAGAUGUCUGGUCUAUCGUCAACGAGGCGGCGGCUGCUUCUCCGAAGCAGCCCAUCGUGAAUAUGGGACAGGGCUUCUUCGGCUACAACCCGCCGGCAUUCAUUAUCAAUGCUGCCAAGUCGGCUUUGGAUCGAGUGGACUGCAACCAGUACAGUCCCACGAAGGGUAGGCCACGACUAAAGAAAGCAAUCGCAGAUGCCUACGAACCCUUCUGGGGACGGAAGCUCAACCCGGAGACUGAAGUCACUAUCACCACCGGAGCGAACGAAGGCAUGCUGAGUGCAUUCAUGGCUUUCAUUGAAGCUGGCGAUGAGGUUAUUAUUUUUGAGCCGUUCUUUGACCAAUAUAUCAGCAACAUUGAGAUGCCUGGUGGGAAGAUCGUCUAUGUCCCCCUAUACCCGCCAAAAGACGGAGCUACGCGCACGUCGUCGUCUGCUGAGUGGACCAUCGACUUUGACGAGCUUGAGAAGGCUAUUACACCCAAGACCAAAAUGAUCGUCAUUAACACGCCUCAUAACCCGGUUGGCAAGGUCUUCUCAAAGGAGGAACUUCAGAGAAUAGGAGACAUCUGCGUCAAGAAUGAGAUCAUCAUCCUCUCCGACGAGGUGUACGACCGUCUUUACUACACACCCUUCACGAGAAUCGCAACACUCUCGCCUGAGAUCGAGAACUUAACACUGACUGUCGGCUCGGCUGGUAAAAACUUCUAUGCCACUGGAUGGCGAGUAGGCUGGCUCAUGGGUCCCGAACGUCUGAUCCGCUACGUCUCUGCGGCCCACACGCGCAUCUGCUACUCGUCCGUUUCGCCAUUGCAAGAAGCCUGCGCAGUCGGCUUCGAGCAAGCCGAAGCUGAAGGAUUUUGGGACGAGACGGUCCGGGAUAUGAAGAGCAAGAUGAAGCUUUUUAACGAAGUGUGGGACGAGCUAGGCCUGCCAUACACAGAUCCCGAGGGCGGGUACUUCGUGAUGGUGAACAUGCAGAAGGUCAAGCUGCCGGAAUACUACCCGUUCCCGCCACACGUAGCGAGUAGACCGCGCGACUUCAAGCUUUCCUGGUUCCUGAUCCAGGAGGUUGGUGUUGCGGCCAUUCCGCCUACGGAGUUUUACACCGAGUCCAACGCGCAUAUUGGGGAGGAUUAUAUCCGUUUUGCGGUGUGCAAGGAGGAUCAUAUUUUAGAGACGGCGAAAGAGCGGCUUCGGGGGUUGAAGAAGUAUAUAGAGGAUUAAAAGGGUAGAACGCGCUAUGAGAUGCGAUAGAUUUCCAAGGCGAUAGAUUUCCAAGGCGAUAGAUUUCCAAGGCGAUAGAUUUCCAAGGCGAUAGAUUUCCAAGGCGAUAGAUUUCCAAGGCGAUAGAUUU